CUGUGAUUUGAGAGUGAUUUGGUUUGAAGGGCGGCAUGUUAGCAGGGUGCAGAGGCCUUUGGAAGCACAAGCAGCCUCUGUCCCUGUCGUUCAGCUUCGACCUCUCCAAUCUUCCUCCUCGUCGUCUCCAUCCCAUGGCGUCCUCCAGCCCUAGCCCAAGGGUUUCUUCUCCUCCUUACUCCACCGGCUCCCCCAACCACGUCCCUGCUCUGAAGCGCGUGGGCACCCACAAUGGGAGCUUCCACUGCGACGAGGCCCUCGGCUGCUUCAUGAUUCGCCUCUCCUCCAAGUUCUCCGGCGCCGAAAUCGUCCGCACCCGCGACCCCCAGGUCUUGGAAGGCCUUGAUGCUGUGCUUGAUGUUGGGGGCGUAUAUGACCCAUCCCGGGAUCGGUACGAUCAUCACCAGAAAGGGUUCGAGGAGGUGUUUGGUCAUGGUUUUUCUACCAAGCUCAGCAGUGCUGGGUUGGUUUACAAGCAUUUUGGGAAGGAAAUUAUCGCAAAGGAGCUUCAAGUUGAUGAGGAACAUCCGGACGUGCACCGCCUAUACUUGGCCCUCUACAAAAGCUUCAUGGAGGCAAUCGAUGCCAUCGACAAUGGAAUCAAUCAGUAUGACACAGAUCAGCCGCCAAGAUAUGUUAACAACACUCAUCUGUCUUCGAGAGUCGGAAGACUAAAUCUGGACUGGACAGAGCCUGACCAGUCUCCUGAGAAAGAAAAUGAAGCAUUUCAAAGAGCAAUGGCCCUCGCUGGCACAGAAUUUCUGGAUAGUGUCCGAUUUCAUGUAAGGUCAUGGUUACCAGCGAGGUCAAUUGUGAUGGAGUGUCUUGGAGCUAGAUAUGAUGCUGAUCCGAGAGGAGAGAUUAUGGUGCUAAACAGAUUUUGUCCUUGGAAGCUUCACCUAUUUGAGCUUGAGGAGGAGAUGAAAAUUGAUCCUCUAAUCAAAUACGUUCUCUAUCAGGACGACAGGAGCAAAAGUUGGCGGAUCCAGGCAGUCGGAGUGUCUCCGGAUAGGUUUGAAAGCAGGAAGGCUCUCCCGGCUCAGUGGAGGGGAUUGAGGGACCACGAUCUCUCUAAAGAGACGGGGAUUCCUGGAUGUGUAUUCGUGCACAUGAGCGGAUUCAUCGGGGGCAACCAAACCUUCGAGGGUGCUCUAGCGAUGGCUCGGGGCGCUCUGAAGCUCUAAGCACAAGACGAGACAGUUACUUCAAUUGGUUUUUUAUCAGUAAAACGGAAUAAAUUCUUCAUUGAGAGAGGAUUUAAGCUGAACAUUGCCUAGUACUUACUGCUCGGUUGGUUCCUCAUUUAGGAGAGAAAAAGAUGUACUCUAAUUAUUUCACUUCUGCAAUUCGACGCUCAUAGAUUAUAUUAUUGGGAACAAUUUGUGCAAGAAUCAUCUUUAUUUCACGAACAGAUUUUCUAUAGCUAAGCUGCUAUCCGUUCUUUCGA